AGAAGAAAUUUGUUAGGUUAACGUAACAUUAAUCAGGUUAUGUUUUUUACUUGAAAAUUCAAAGAUGAAAAAUGUCGAGCAUUCAAGUUUCAUUUUCCGAAUUGAAUUUGAACCAGUGGAUCAUCAAGCAGUGCCAGGCAAUCGGUGUAAACAAACCGACUCCAAUUCAAACAAACUGCAUCCCUCAGAUUUUGAGAGGUAAGAACUGUAUCGGUGCCGCCAAAACUGGCAGCGGCAAAACGUUAGCGUUCGCUUUACCCAUACUACAGAAAUUAUGCGAAGAUCCAUACGGCAUUUUUGCUUUGGUUUUAACACCUACUAGAGAAUUGGCUUUCCAAAUAGCUGAUCAGUUUUCAAUAAUUGGAAGGCACAUACACUUGAGGCAUUGUGUCAUCGUAGGCGGAAUGGAUAUGGUCGAACAAGGUUUACAGCUUUCCAAGAAGCCUCACGUUGUAGUCGCAACGCCUGGUAGAUUGGCCGAUCACUUAAGUAACAGUGACUCAGUAUCAUUUUCACGGAUUCGAUUUCUUGUACUCGAUGAGGCCGAUCGACUUCUCGGCGGGCAUUUUGAUGAACAGAUUCAAACCAUUUUCAAAGCUUUGCCGAAAGGAAGACAAAACUUGUUUUUCUCCGCGACUAUUACGGAUGCUCUUAACAUACUCAAGGACACAAUCAAAGAAGAAGUAUUUGUAUUUGACGAUAGCUCAAAAAAUGAAAUUGCGACUGUUUCCGGUUUGACUCAAGAGUACUUGUUGUGUCCGAAAGACGUGAAAGACGCUUAUAUGGUUGAAUUUUUGCUUAACUAUAAGGAGAAGAAUGAAAAUGGAAAUAUUCUUAUAUUUACUUCCACUUGUAAAUAUUGUGAGAUAUUAUCUCUCACACUAAAUGAACUUGGCAUUGAGAAUGUGGCUCUGCAUUCAAUGAUCCCUCAAAAACAGAGGUUAGCCUCCUUGAAUAAGUUUAAAAGCAACAUAGUAAAAAUUCUCAUAGCUACUGAUGUAGCCAGCCGAGGCCUGGACAUACCAGCUGUGCAACUCGUUGUAAAUCACAAUAUCCCUAGAAUUCCUAAGGAAUACAUUCAUAGAGUUGGGAGGACUGCUAGGGCGGGACGUAGUGGCAGGGCAAUCACAUUAGUCACACCUUAUGAUAUUAAGUUGCUUCAAGCUAUAGAAGAACUAAUCAACACUCAACUUAUUGAAGUCAAAGUUGAUGACAAAGAAGUUGCAAAAAUCUACGCUCAGAUAUCUGUGACAAAGACUGAGGCAAAGUUGAAAUUGGAGGAAAUCAAUUUUUAUGAAAAGAAAAUGAUAAAUAUGAGGAAGAAGUGGAUCCAGGAAGGAUUGAAUCCAGAUCAAGAGGAAAAGAAGUUUUUAAGGAAGAGGAAGAAAAUGUUAAAAAAUAAAAAGCGGGGGAAGGUGGAAAAGACAGCAAAUCAAGCAAUUUUACAGGAAGGCUUCGCGCAUAAGAAAUUUGACAACAUAAACCAGACGUAAAA